AUUCUGAGAUUGUACAAUCACUAUCGCACAUACAGAAAGUCAAUAAGAGAAUAUCUGGUGCAACUGAUGGAAGCAAGUCAAGUGCAAUUUGAUGAAGAAUUACUCAAAAAAGCUGAAGAAGAAGACUAUACAAAAUGUUGGAAUAUCAAUGAGGAAUGGAAUAAAGAAGUAGGAAAAGUGAGACAAAUUCGUUUGGAGAAACAACACCAAGAACGUAAACAACAAACUCUCCAAAUUAUUAGUGAGAAAAAAGAACGUCACAGACAAAUGAUGGAGAAAAUUGAAGAAAGAGUGAAAAAAGCCAAGAUCGAGGCGGAUACCUUCAUUACGCGUGAAAAUAUUGAUCGUGCAAUUGAAGAGGCUUUAGCUAAUGUUGUGGAUUAUAAUGCAGCAAUUGAUAAGGAAGGCAAUUUUUAUAGAAAAAAUGUGACUAGCGAACAACAGGCUUCAGUUUAACAAUGAUAAUUUCAUUGGAUAAAGUUUAUUAUAUCCUUCGAAAAGACUUUUUCAUUUUGCAAACCUAAUAUACUGUAUGUAGAGAUCAUAAUCAUCAUCGUUACCACCAUUUAUCUUAAAAAAAAAAAAAAAAAAAAAAUUAAAAAAAAUGACAUUUUUCUAUACAUAUUUUUUUUCCACAUACAAGAUUCUUACCACCCUACAUCUACAACUUUUACACAUCAUACCUCACCAUAUCCUCUUUGGAGCUGGGAUCGAAAGAGAAAGAAGGAUUCAAUUAUUUCUCGAAAGUAAAAAUUGUUGGGACAAAAUUUUUACUCAACUCGGCAAAAAAUUCUUUGGCAUUUAUAUAUAGAUAAUAUAUUUCUCAGAUGAGACAACUCGACGGGUUUCUCGCAUUUAAUGAAUUUCACUCGAUUAUUGAAAUGCAAUGAGAAAUUUUGUAAUGAUGGAUGAUAUCUAUAAAUUUGCCGGCUUGGCUUUUAUUUAUGUUUGCCGAACGUUGGUAUUAAUAUUGUUGAAUAUGAUUGAAUAAAUCCUGAUUGUGUGCGUACA